CAGAAAUGACACAGUCUCUGGCUUCAAACUAAACCACUGAAAUAUAGCUAUGUCCUCAAAAGGAAAAGCAAAAAGAUCCCGAAGCGUUGUGAGCUCAGACUCUUGGACGUCUAAGGUCGAGUCUAUUGACGAACAAUCUAGAGUUGAUUACUUGCAGCAGGCGCUAGACGAGAGUGCAGCUGAGGCCAGAAAGUCAGGAAAUGGUGGGCCUUCAGAAGUCCCGCCAGCAAACAAUGUCUUGGCCUCACCCCCAUCCUCUCCUCACAGUUUGGGUCCUGCUCCAAGUAGCCCACGGGCCAAGGCAAGAGACGAGUAUUUCAAACGGAGGAAGUAUGAAGAACUGAUUCGUGGAGACAAUGGAUUUAGGGAAAUGUUGGACGAUGUCGAUGGAAUGAGGACAUGGUGGACUCGCAAUAAGCAAGACUGGCAUCAGAAGAAGCUUAGCUUGGAGAGGACCGAGGCAGCUCUUGCUUCCCUUCAGGAUCGGGCUCUUUAUGAAGAAGACUUUCAUGAUGAACGACAGAUUCAGCAUCAAACGCAGAGACAGAAGGAGAAGUUGGCAUGGUUCGAAGAGAAUAGGUCGUUGAUGAGGAUUGUGUGGGAUCGAUUCAAGGUAUUCAACGAGGUUGAAAUGCUAGCAGACGGUCCGAUCGAUCCUCCCAUUCCCGCUGGACGAGCCGUUAAUCCAGCUCGCCCUGUGGUCCCAGCUCUGUCUCCUGGUCCGGCUCGCCGAGCGGACCCUGAAGCCCCAGCUGUUACUCCAUACGCCGUCAGUAACUCCCCAAGGUUCAAUCCAAUCUUCAACUCUACCAGUCCUCACACAAAUACUCGCUUUGAGUACCGAUCCAGCCGUAACCCAGCAAAUUCGCAACGAUGGCUAUCGUCUCUCGAGGAGGCAUUCUGGUGGCUUGAACGAGCAAAAGAAGAUGUCGCGAGUCAUACCAAGAGACUCAAGACCCUUAUUGAAACGUUUCCUGGAGAGAAGGCUCGAUUUAUUGGCCUAGCCCAAACCUUGGAGACUCAGCUGGACGGUGUAGAUACGAAUGACGCGGAUGAUAGAGUUGAUACUGCCAUCAAGAAACUCAUGGACGACAGGCCCGUUGACUUCAAGGAGCAGAUUCAAACUGCGAUAAUGAAUCGGCGACGGGAGAAGCUUGUCCUUACAGAUGGACAAGAUCGCAGAGCUCUUGAAGUUUAUAAGACCAAGUCAAUUGAGCUAGAUGUUAUUCUCAAGAUAUUAGAGCAGCAAGAUGGAAUUGUUGAUACUCUUGUUGACCUCCUUAAUACAACUUUGAUGGAAGUCGCUAAAUACGAUUUAGAUCAGAGGAAUAAAGAUGCGUUCGUAAAUAUACAUAAUAUAUGCUAUCUCUACAGCGAACGUCGCCGCUUGAGUCUUGUAAUACGAUCAACUCUUGCAGAUGCUCAGUUGUCAGUCACAACAAAGCGCAACAUUGUCAACAGAAUUAACCAAUAUAUCUCCGAUCAUAAUGUCGAGGACUUGCCCAUGACAGAAAAUGGCCGAUACAGAAGUAAGCACAUUAAGAUCUACUUCGAUCAAAUGUUCGCAGCAAACGCGGCUUUCAACAUCUUGGCCGAUGACAUCUCCGAUAUCACGAGACGAGCUACUCGUCCCGAAGCGCAAGACUAUCGUCAGAGCAAACUAGAUGAUGCAUCUCUUUUACUCCAGCGACCAAUAAAGACUUCUGUACUCACGAACAAUAUAUUCGGCUUCGCAUCUAACAUGACACUUGCCUCUGCCAAAGCCAUGCUUGAGGAAAGAAAACCAGGUAGGAAAAUGAACGGCACCAUCUUACAAGAACUCUUCACAUCCCCGGAUAUCUUUCCACUGUUUCAUCCCGACUACAUCGUUUCAUCAUGGACGAAACCGCAGUUUUACGAUCUUAUAAAUUCCAAGCUAGCCAAAAAGCUGACAAACGAAUUGCUGGAAGCGUUCUUAAUCUACUGUACCCACACUGGCGAGCUGUUUCGAGUGACUUAUUUCGGACAGAGGGUCUAG